UGGAUAGUGGUGGUGGUGGUGGUUGUUGCUGGGCAGCUUCGUUUCAUACAUUCGCAUCGCUUACACAUGCGUUUAGUCUCUCCUCCAAACUUCUCGAUUCCCGGAAAAUUUGCAGUAUGAGUAGGCUGAUGGAUACCUUUGGAAGUGGCAUGGGAUUGCCUUGCCAGGGAGUGGAGAGUUUUUGAGCUCCAAGGAACUGAAUAAAUGACGAAUCAGUGAUGGAUGAUAUUCUAAGAAGGCAGAAGAACCCUUCAUGUAGGAUACUUGUGCCUCAGAGGGUGAACUCGCAUUGAACAGUACUACUACUACAUAUCUGGUGCACUUCAUGGUGGAACAGGCAUAUACAACCAUUAUAGCCACUUAGCUGUUGCAAGCACUUAGAGAGAAUUGCAGAUACACCAGGUUCAUGGCUCAAGCAGUGGGUAACAAUGCUGAGAAGAAGCUUAUUCGAAUUGAUAUCAGCUCAGACACUGUAUGCCCAUGGUGUUUUGUGGGCAAAAGAAAUUUGGACAAAGCAGUAGAUUCGACAAAGGAUCAAUAUAAUUUUGAGAUUAGGUGGCACCCAUAUUUUCUUAAUCCUUCUGCCCCUAAAGAAGGCAUUGGCAAGCAAGAAUAUUAUGAGGAUAAAUUUGGAUUGCAGAAGGAACGCAUCUUUUCUCGGAUGACAGAGAUCUUCAGGAGUCUUGGACUGGAGUAUGACACUUCUGGUCUCACGGGAAAUACUAUGGACAGCCACAGGCUUAUAUAUUUUGCUGGCCAACAGGGUCUUGACAAGCAACAUAGUCUUGUGGAGGAGCUGUUCCUUGGCUACUUCGUGCAGGGAAAGUAUAUUGGUGACAGGGAAUUUCUCUUGGAAUGUGCAAGAAAGGUCGGAGUAGAAGGGGCAGCUGCGUUUCUUGAGGAUCUGAAUAACGGGUUACAGGAGGUUAAUGAGGAGGUCAAGAAGUACUCGGCCAAUGUCACGGGAGUCCCACAUUAUGUGAUUAAUGGGAAGGUGCAGCUUAGUGGUGGCCAACCGCCAAACAUCUUCUUGAGAGCUUUCCAAGCAGUUGCUAGUAGCAGUGCCUAGAAGCCAUCUUCUUAAGUCCAUUUCGAGUCCUGAACAGAGCAGUAAAGCUUACUGGACUACUCUGCUUCCUCUUGACAACAUAUAACACCUUGUUAUUUAAUGUAUCAUGUUAUUGUGGGUAUCUGGAAACAUGAAACUUCCUAUGGUGGAAGAAUGAUUAUUCUGGUGCAUAUGGUUUGGCUUUGUUAAUGAGUACAUAUAACACACAGAUUUGUAGAAAUGUUUGAUAUUCAUUACCAUUGGAGAUUUAUGGUAGUGUGUAACAAUGAUUGUCUGAUAGCUGUUUAAAAGUUUUUCUCUUGGGCUGUGUUCAUAAACA